AUGCACAUGACCCGAAUCACUCGGAACAUGUUCACCACAACGCAAACCCAAGGCGAACCAUUGCGCAGCUUUAUGGAAAGGUUCAAACAAGCAGCUCGCGACACUGGCGACAUGCCCGAUAGCGUCCCGCUGGAAGCACUCCGCAACGGCCUCUGGUACGACUCCAAGUUUAAGGAGGAUUUGUCACUAAAACCCCCUGCGACUCUGGAGGACGCGUUCCACCGCUCUCGGAACUACAUCUUCCUCGAGGAAGACCAGCGCUUCUACGCCGAGAAGCAUGGAGAUAGGAGGGCAACCUCGUCGAAACCCAGAGAGAACCCAUGGAGGCGCGAAGAAGACACGAUCCGAAGAGGUCUCUCCUCGCAGCGUUCGCAGCAGCCGACGAUGAUCCGAGCAAGAACACGCAGCGGCCGUUUCGAUGCCACAAGACAUCAACUCGCUCGGAGAUGA